CCACGAAUGACUCUUGCGUAAUCUGCGCCCCUGUGGAAGACUCAAGGCAUCUCAGUGACAUUGUGGUGUUGUUGACAUCGUCGAGCUUCAUAUUUUGCAGCGAUAGUACUGCGCACACAACGCGCGUUGAGCGCUCCUCUAGUCUCGCUUACUAUGCACUUGCUAGUAGCUUGCCAAAUACUUAAUCACCUCAUCUAAACUAAUACUCUGCAUUAACCAUCAACAGAGAGCGACAAUACGCCGUACAUCACGCAAUCGUAACCUAAAAUCACACGGUAUCUGCCAUGGCCUACUCCGCCGAACUUCGCCUCGCCUUGCGCGCCGUACACCGGGCGUCUCUGCUCACCAAAUCCGUUCUCCGCAGUCUCUCCAACAACGUGUCUGCGGAGACCAAAGCAGACGACAGUCCCGUUACAAUCGCGGAUUUCGCCGCUCAAGCUCUCCUAAUCUCCGCUUUGCAUGCUGCCUACCCUACAGAUGCGUUUUUGGGCGAGGAGAGCGCUGAUGCAUUGCGUCAGAACGAGGCACUGGCUGACCGCGUUUGGCAGCUUGUGCAACAGGCGAGGAGCGAGUUUCAUGUAGGCGGCACCGAGAGUGGUAAAGGAGACGGAAACUCGGUACAGGUUGAGGAGCUGGCUUCUCCGAAGAGUAAAGAAGAGAUGUUUGAGCUUAUUGAUCGGGGAGGUAAAGGAGAAAUCACCAGAAGAGGCCGAGUAUGGGUCAUGGAUCCCGUGGAUGGCACAGCGACGUUCAUGCAAGGCCAACAGUACGCCGUUUGCCUUUGCCUGCUCGUUGAUGGCGUGCAACAAGUUGGAGUGAUUGCUUGCCCCAACCUCGCAUUUCCUAUUCAAGAAACUCUCGGCCAAACUUCAAUCCACGAAGAUCGUGUCGACACGGAUGGCUUUGGCGUAGUACUAUCUGCCGUCAAAGGACAAGGCACCUUUAUCCGCUCUAUGAACGCUUCUGCUUCUGCGGGACUAGGAGAACCCCGGCACGUAGAUUUGACCACUCUACCUCAAAAGAAGCCUUCCGAGCUAAAUUUUGUCGAAGCAACACUAGGCAAAACAUCGCUGUCGCAACCUGAGCACAACGCUGUUGCUACGUCACUUGGUGCCCAAUGGCCAGGCACGAUUCUUUGGUCUCAGCAAAUGAAAUACGUGGCUCUUACCCUUGGUGCUACAGAUGUCAUGGUGCGCAUCCCUAAGACCCUGGACCGCUUUACUUAUGUUUGGGAUCACGCUGGUGGCCAUCUCCUUUUCCAAGAAGCAGGCGGAGUUAUUAGCGACUUCAAGGGUGAACAAAUUGACUUUGCAAACGGACGGAAGAUCAAGGGAGAGCGGAACUGGGGUAUGAUUGCCUGUAUGCCUGGAUUGUUUGAAGAGGUUGGAAAGGCGGUAAUGGAGGUACUGAAAAAGAGAGAUAGCUAAGCGAACGAAGUGUGGGGCGACGACUUCGACGUCGACAUGCUGGUUGCGUAGUUAUUCGGACAUUAUCAUAUCAUGUCCGCAGCAUAUC